AUGUCGGUGUUGUCCCUUGCCUUUCUGCUGCUUUUCAGAGGGUUUACUUUUUCUGCUGCAGGCAACUGUGAAGUGUGUGUGGACUUUCUCCACAGACUGUAUGGCAGUCUGACCUCAGCCCACAGAGAACUCACUCCGUCCCUGGUGGAGGAGGAGCUGAUCCAGGCCUGCACUGUUGCCCAGGGGAAGGAGGCAAGGCUGUGUUACUACCUAGGAGCCAGUAGCGAUGCAGCAACCCGUGUCACAGCUUCGGUGUCUCAACCUCUGGCCUCCCACAUCCCCGUUGAGAAGAUCUGCCAGCGCCUCAGUAGCAGAGACACGCAGAUCUGUGAGCUCAGAUAUGAGCCUCAGCCGAAGGAUCUGAGCAGCGAUGGGCUCAAAAGGAUGAGAGUCUUGGAGCUGAGGAACAUCUUAGUGUCGUGGGGAGAAGAGUGUCGAGGCUGUGUGGAGAAACAUGAGUUCGUCAGUCUCAUCCAGGAGAAAGCACCACUUCAUGCUCACAGUAUGGAACUAUGAAUAGUGAUUGGGGUCGUCUCCCCCACCUAUCCGGAAAGCACAAAGUCAACUCAGUCCUGUAUUCUCAAGUAUUAACCCACACAGACCUUAUUUAAUUUAUCUAAAUUAAGAAUACAAAUAUGCACACUGCAGUCACUACACUUCACUGUUCCUUAAUAAAUCUGGCCUCUCCUCGGCCACAGCUAUGGAGGGAAAGUAGUCCUGAUCAGUGGUGGAAGUCAUCACAUCUUUUACUUCUCAGUUCCUCCACUCCUCUCUUGGAUCAAGUUUCAUUUUAGAAACCUAUUAAAGUACAUGUUACUCUCAUUAGCCAUGGAAGGUAAACAAUCAGCCCGAAUAUCAUUAUAAUUACACUAUAUCCAUAGCUGCUGUUAUUAUUAGUCGUCUUAAUUUUUUAGAAAUUGUUCCA